CGGUGUGUCGUCAUCUAACAUCGACCGCCUGAUUCGGUGACGCAACGUGCAGCUGCCGGGAGAAGUUUGAAAACACACGCCAACUUUUUUCCUUUCCACGUUCUUUUCCCCACUGGCGUCGUUUCACUUCGCCUCUCUCCGCUGAGCCGAGCGGGAUUAUCCACGGGACGACGAGUCGAGCACCGCGGAACGCGCCGCGGAGGAAGUUUGUCCGGAAGGCAGCAAUGUCUUCCCCAGGAGAAGAACAACAACCAUCGGCGGCUGUGUCGGCCAUCCUGUCAUCUGCCAUGUCGGCCGCCGUGUCGGCCGCCAUGGCCGUUGCCAUGGCCACGGACGCCAAGGCGGAUCUCGCCAAGCUGCUUGACGAGUGGGAGGAAGCGCAGCGAGGCACCACAGAGCAACUGGUGUCCAUCCUUACAAAGAUCUCUGAGCUGAUUGAAAAGGAGACGGGAGAGUAUCACAAAGCAGAUCCUGAUCCGUUUGACGACCGUCAUCCAGGUCGGGCGAACCCAGACGGGAUGCUGGGUCAGCUCCUGAAGAUGCUCUUCAUGAAUAACGACUUCACUAAUGCGCUGUUGGACACGUACAUCAUGACCAGCAGAGAGCUGAGCCUGAAAACCGCCGCCUGCCGCCUCCUUCAGAACAUCAUGCCGGGCCUGGACACGGCCGUCGUCUUCCAAGAGAAGGAGGGGCUGGUGGAGACAUUGUUCGGCUUUGCCCGUGAGUCCGAGCGGCCGCUGUGCGUCUACGCCACGGGGCUGCUGGCCAGAGCCAUGGGCAACCAGGAAGUGGCAACCAGCAAAAGACAGCAGAACACUCAGCUGGUACCGGUCAUGAUUCAGCGCCUGCAUGAGCUGCAGGCUGAGGAGGCCAAGAAUCACCUCAGUCCCGCCACGAGCCAGAAUCUACCUCAGGACUCUCAGGUGGAAGCCACACGAACCUCAACCAUCUCAACAAACCAGCGAGACAAGACGGAGGGUGAAGACGUUGGCGAGGACGGACACGGAGAGAACGGCAGGCCAGUGUCGAAGGCCUGUUCCAAACCUUUGUCCCUGCUCGGAUCGGCCCAGAAAAAUGGCGUCAGCAGCAGCAGCAGCAGCAGCAGCAGCAGCGGAUCCAGCUCAAACAGACCGCCUCCAGACUCGGUGUACCAGGCGAGCGGCGACGCUGCCUCCAGGGAGACGGAGGACAGGCGGGGAGGACUUAAAAGACGGGCGGUAAAGGAGAACGGGAGGAAGGCUAAGCAGAAGAUCAACUUCCCCUCCUCCUCCUCCUAUGGGGCUGACGAGGACCUGGACAGAACUAGAACCAGCGACCAGCCGACCAGCAGCUCCUGGUCCGAGAUGAGCUCGAUGGUGAUCGGCUCGGAGUACUGCCUGUCGCCGCUGAGCCCGGCCAUGGAGCAGAGGCUCAUCCUGCAGUAUCUGACGCCGCUCGGGGAAUACCAAGAGUUGCUCGCCAUCUUCAUGCAGCAGAACACAAACUUGUUGUUGAUGAACUACAUUGACCUCAGGCAGACCAAGAAUGUACAGCUCACCUUCGAAGCACUUCUGUAUCUCGCCUCGCUGCUCCUCCACAAAAAGUUUGUGACGGAGUUCAUCGCUCAUGGCGGAGUGCAGAAGCUCCUGGAGAUCCCGAGGCCUUCUAUGGCCGCGACCGGAGUCUCGCUCUGCUUGUACUAUCUGGCGUACAACCAGGACGCGAUGGAGAGGGUGUGCAUGCUCCCGGACGGCGUGCUGUCCGACAUGGUGUCCUACGCUCUGUGGUUGCUGGAGUCGUCCCACGCUUCAGGCGUGUGCCACGCCACCAUGUUCUUCUCCAUCUCCUUCUCCUUCAGGGCGGUGCUGCAGCUCUUUGACCACCAGGACGGCCUGCGCAGGCUCGUCAACUUGAUCAGCACGCUGGAGAUCCUGAACACAGAGACUGAGGUGUCCAUAAUGAGCGAUGACCAGGUCUUCUCCAGCCGACAGACGGCCAAACACACCUGCAUGGCCGUCCGCAGGUACUUUGAGGCUCACCUGGCAGUGAAGACUGAGCAGGUGAAGCAGUCGCUGCACACGUCGGACAAAGACACCAUUGUUCGCCAGCAGCAGUUUUCCAAGGCUUACACCUACACCAGAGAGCAGGUCAUUGAGAUGAUGGAGUUCCUCAUCGAGUGCGGACCUCCGCAGCUCCUCUGGGAACCGGUCGAGCUUUUCUACAAGUUGUCCUGUGUUCCUUUAAUGCUGCAGCUCAUAUCAACAGCCUGUGACUGGAGGACUUACUAUGGCAGGAGUGACACGGUGCGUUAUGCCCUGGACAUCCUGGCCAUCCUCACGGUGGUUCCUAAAGUCCAGCUGGUGCUGGCUGACACGGUCGUCGUUGUGGAUGAAACCAGGAUGCCCGUUUCCACCGUGGGUAUGAGCAUCAUCCUGGGCGUCGCAGAGGGCGAAGUGUUCGUCAAUGAUGCUGAGAUUCAAAAGUCUGCACUACAAGUGAUAAUAAACUGUGUGUGCGCUCCAGACCAGAGCCUGAACACUGUUGGUGUUUAUGCUGUUGCCCCCUUCCACCCCCAGCAGCCUCCGGUGCCCCACAACAGGGUGCUGGCCCACAUGUGGCAAGUUGUGCAGAACAAUAACGGUAUAAAGGUGCUUCUGUCUCUGCUGGCGGUGAAGAUGCCGAUCACAGACGCCGACCUGAUCCGCGCUCUGGCCUGCAAGGCUCUGGUCGGUCUGUCCCGCUGCACGGCGAUCAGACAGAUCAUCAGCAAGCUGCCGCUGUUCGCCAGUGGCCACAUUCAGCAGCUGAUGAAGGAGCCGGUUCUGCAGGACAAACGCAGCGAGCACGUCCGAUUCUGCCGCUACGCCGUGGAGAUGACGGAGCGAGUGUCGGGGAAGCCGCUCCUCAUGGGCACCGACGUCUCGCUGGCUCGUCUGCAGAGGGCCAACGUGGUCGCCCAGUCACGCAUCACCUUCUCCGAGAAGGAACUCCUAGUGCUGAUCAGGAACCACCUCGUGGCCAAAGGUCUCGUCGACACGGCGUGCGCGCUCGUCAAGGAAGCAAAUCUAGGAUCCUACUGCCCGAUCUCCUCCUGCGUCACCCCUACCCCCUCCUCGGUGAUUCCCAGGACUUGCCGGCUGGCUGGUGGGAUUGCAGCCCGUGCCGCCAGCCACAUCGGAUCCUCCCCGGUGUCCUCUCUACCCGCGCUCUCCUCCACCUCUCCUCCUCUUCCUUCUCCCUGUCGCGCCCUCGUCACCCCUCACCCCCCGUGCUCUUCCUCGUCUUCCACUGCCCUCCCCACUCCUCAGGGCUCACAUCCCGUCGGACGUAUUCUGUUCACACGGGAACGUCCCGUGGCCAAUUGCAACUCAGGGAAGAAGCUUCGCGCUCUCAAGCAGAAGUCUGACCACGGUGCUUUCAUACAGACUCCAGCCAUGAAGAAGACGCUGGAGCGCCACCUCCCGUCGCCGCCGACCCUCGACAGCAUCAUCACCGAGUACCUGAGGGAGCAGCACGCCCGCUGCCCCAACCCCGUCACCACCUGCCCCCCCUUCUCCCUCUUCACGCCGCACAGGUGCCCCGAGCCCAAGCAAAGGCGACAGGCGUUGCCCAACUUCACAGCCCGCCUGGGGAGCAGGGUGCUGUACCAGAAAUACCGAGGUGUGGACAGAGGGUGCCUGGAUCGACAUCUGAUAUUCAGCAGGUUUCGCCCGAUGUCAGUGUUCCACGAGGGCGACAGCGACGAGAGCGGUUUCACGUGCUGUGCCUUCUCUGCCCGCGAGCGCUUCCUGAUGCUGGGAACCUGCUCCGGUCACCUCAAGUUCUACAACAUCGCCUCUGGAGAGGAGGAGGCCAACUACACCUGCCACACGUCGGCUAUCACACAUCUCGAACCCUCCAGGGAUGGGAAAUUCGUGCUUACCUCUGCUUCUUGGAGCGUCCCCUUGUCCGCCCUCUGGAGUAUGGACGGUGUCUUUAGCUUGAAAAACUCCUUCGUAGAUGACCACUAUGUGGAAUUCAGUAAACUCUCUCAGGACCGAGUCAUCGGCACCAAGGACCAAGUCGCGCACAUCUACGACAUCCAGACGGGCCAGAAGACGCUGACCCUGAACGACCCCGCCCUGGCCAACAACUACAAGAGGAACUGCGCCACCUUCAACCCCACCGAUGACCUGGUGCUGAACGACGGUGUGCUGUGGGACGUGCGGGCGUCGCGCGCCGUCCACAAGUUCGACAAGUUCAACAUGAACAUCAGCGGCGUCUUCCAUCCCAACGGCCUGGAGGUCAUCGUCAACACAGAGAUCUGGGACCUGAAGACCUUCCACCUCCUGCACACUGUCCCGGCCCUGGACCAGUGCCGGUUGGUCUUCAACAGCAACGCCACCAUCAUGUACGGAGCAAUGCUUCAAGCCGAUGAUGAGGACGACGCGAUGGACCAGCAGAUGAAGAGUCCCUUCGGCUCGUCCUUCAGAACCUUCGAUGCUACAGACUACAAGCCCAUUGCCACGGUGGAUGUAAAGAGGAACAUCUUUGACCUGUGCACUGACGAAAAAGACUGUUAUCUGGCUGUCAUCGAGAACCAGGACACAGUGAGUCUGGACACGGUGUGUCGUCUUUACGAGGUUGGACGACAGAAACUGGCCGAGGAGGGAGACGACGACGACGACCAGGACGAUGACGACGACCAGGACGAAGACGACGACUCUUCGGACACAGACGACGACGACGACGACGAUAUGGACACGGACCCGCUCAUAGACGAGCUGGCCAACCGAGAAAACGGGGAAAGGGUCGACUCGCCCACGGAGGAAGAGAUCGCCGAUCUUCUUGGCGGCGACAGCAGCGACGACAACAACAACGAUGACUCGGAGGACGACUCCGACGCGUCACACAGAAGCGGUGAUGGGUCGGAUCCAUUUGACCACGACAGCGCAGAUUCAGACGAUGAACAACGAGUAGAUGACGACAUUCGUCUCUUGCGAUCGAUACACAGGUGGUUCUCCUGACGUGGGAGAGGACGACAUGAACUUUUCAUUUCUUUUUCUUUACAAACCAUCAUUUCUCCUUAAAGCAGGCAAGUCGACUGUGAACACACGGAUUCUCUCUAUGUACAUUUUUAAAAAACUUUAGAGAGACGACGACGAUGACGACAAAUAUACAUUUCCCUAAAGGUCGCUGGCGCCCGGAUCAUUUCACUCUGACAUGUCCCGGCGACCCCCGGUUCUUCUCCUCCGCCGAGUGUUUGUACAAGAUUUGAAUGAAGAAAAAAAAGUAUUUAUAAUGUUUUACCUCCGAGGACUCUGCUGGAGAAAAGAUUAAGUGUUGGUUGCAGAAUACAGAAUAAAUAAUUUAAUUAUUACUAUUUUUUCCCCCCGAUGUUCAAUCAAACUUUUUUGUCUCCUCACUAUUGACCACGAUGAACAUAACAGUUACAUGAAUCUCUGUGAUUACAAAGUUUGGAUUGUGAUGGGAAGUUUUUGGGGGGAAAAAACUAAAUUCCUGCUCUGUUGAAAAAGAAAAAACAAAUCAGAUUUUCAGAGCCACAGAAUCUAUAGUUUUACAACAGACUUGUUUCAAUUGUUGUAAAUGGUUUGAUGAGACUCUCGGAUCUAUUACGAUCCAAGUCAAUCAUGUCUGCUUUUGAUAAUAAAAGACGCUUCGCUCUUCGUCUACA